AUGCGAUUGCGUAGAUCCUCGAAACCAAAGUUUAUACUAGGCAGUGAAUCCGCCAUCGAAGGUGCAUCUGCUGAUGUGAGAGGUGGACGCAUGCCACUAGUCGAUAAUGAGGGUUCGAAAGAAGAAGUCAUGAUGAGUGCCACGUCUAGUUCUGAUAUCAUUCGCGUUUUGGUCAUAAACAAGGGCUUGUACAUAUCGUUAGGAGCCAAGAGAACCCCGAUGGAUGAACAUUCUACCAGUGCUCUACAGUAUGGGCACUUGGGUAAAGCGAUAUACCGUCCGGAGACACAGAUUUGGGAAUUCCCUCGGACACUGACUCCGCCACCUCGUAUAACCUUCGCUGGGGCAACAAAGACUACUAUCACAUCGCCCCUUACAGCACCACAAUCAUCACAGAUCGAGAAUAAAAGUCUCAUGCCAAAGGUUUACCCUGAACUUACAGCAUGCUGGCCGCUCGUUAACAAUGAGACUCUCUCCCAUACCAUCACAACUACAAGCGAAAUAUGCGACCCUUUAGUCUCCUCACUCCUAGACCUGGGGUAUGCAGUCGACCUCGAGAACGAUGAGCCGGGGAGCCGAACUGUUCCGAUCGCAGUAGUUGCGUCUGGGGAGUGUGGCAAUGCUAUUUCUUUUUACAAACUAGACGAAGAUUGUGUGGACUUGAAACUGGAUGCAACAGUCCGUAUGCGUGUUCCCUCCAUCAAGGAAACCGGAGGUGCCGAGUGGUCUGCACGAGGUGCCCCUGUUCGUCAGAUAUGUUUUGCGCGCACCGUGGAAGAGAAGCCAACGUGGAUGGCGGCUCGAUUUCCUCAUUCUACCUUGGUGUUUCGGCCACUCCAUCAUAGGACGCCUGUUCCUGCUCACAUAUGCCACAACAGCGAUCAGAUAUUGCCAAGCAGACCCCGUAAUUCCCGCCUCGAUGCAAAUCCAUUGGUGGAAAUAUCCAAUUCCCAAACCGGCGGCUCUACACAUGCAGCUGUGACUUUCAAUCCGUGGUACCAGAAGCAAAUUGGCAUUGUUGACGAGAGGGGAAACUGGAGCAUUUGGGAAAUAUCUGGUCGCCAUAGACAAAAUAAAGGUAAUUGGACUGCUACAUGCGUCAAAUCUGGCGCACUGCCAUGGCUAGAUCUUUGUGACAGCCAUGAUAUGGACGGUUAUCCUCGACAUGAUGGAUGGGCGACCAUAGAGUGGGUUGGAGAUGUCAAUAGCUUUGUUGUCGCUGAUAGGCGUUGUCCCAUGCUCUAUCGGAUGGAAGACGACCAGGCAUGCCCUUAUCCUAUAGAGCUUGGUCUGAAAAAAAAGUCAGAGUGGAUCUUGGAUGUUAAGCGGAGCGCCUGCAACGUAUCCAAUAUCUUCAUUCUAACGACAUCACGGGUCUUCUGGUUUGAUGUCAACACUGACUUGGUUGUAUCCCCUAAAGAUGGGACAAAGCCUUCCCUCUUUCCUCGCUUGUCCUGGUGUCACUUUCGAGAUCCGGAAGACACCACUUUGCAAUUGACACAUCUGCCCAUAUAUGAGGACCUCUAUCUUGUGCUAUACUCAAGGCUAAGCCACGUUGCACUAGCUUUCUAUUGUCCCGCAGUAUCCUCCGGCCACGAAGACAUAGAACCUAUGCCCGAUCCCUAUGUUUUAGACAUCCCGCUGGGGUCUGAAUAUAACGUCGAGUCUCAACCUAGUACUGCACAUUUUUCAUCGCUUGUUUUCAAAAAUAUCAUGCAUCUACCAUCGACGGCUGGGAGAAAAGACUAUGAUCCGGGUCUAAAGCUUAUAAAGCUUUUCGUGUUAGACUCGCGCCUAUCUAUACAUGAGUCAAUAUAUGUUGGACCUUCCGAUAACGGUGCCUCAUAUAGGCAAGACCUGGAAAAAGAUAUCAUCCGGUUGAAAAGACGCUACCCAACGACACGCCAAAGGCAGUUGCAUUCAUCUCUGUCUUACGGGGAUUUCAUAGUUGAUGACUGCGACGAGUCUGUAGUGGGCCCUGGAACGCCUACUCUGCCAGAUACUGGGAUUUCUAAUAUUUCACCACUUGCAAUUUCCCAAUGGACAAUCGACUUCUCGCAUGCUUACGAGGUUGCUGUUGGGAGGCUCGUGGUUUCGCCAGGGAGCGAUUCCAGUCAGAGGCAUGGGAAAAGCCUCCCGGAGUCUCUCGAACAGUUGAAAAGAAAGAUUCCUGUAAUCCCAGAGAGCCAAUUGACUAGUCAGACUCUGCUUGAAAUCCUUGGCCGCAGCUUGUCAUUGGAUGAUGUUGACCAGAAUGCACAGGAUGUCGAGGACUUGCUAUCUGCGCUCUUAACAGACAACGCAUACACCCACAAACACCAACAACUUGUCAUGCAAUUACCUGGCCAUCUAAGUUCACGAUCUACCAAUCCUGUUCAAUCAACAGAGCCUUUUAAGUCUGGCCUGAUAGAGAUAUAUGACCAAUCAGUCAAUGAUUGGCUUACCCUGUCUCAUAAUAUACCCGUUCGCGCACGGAUCACAAAGGAGAAAAUUAUCCGAAAUGUUGCAGCAGAUUUUGCCCUGGCACGGGUCGCCGCAGCACGUAGGAUAGAUCACGAAUCAAAUAGAACUAACUCACAAUCAUCAAAUCAAAAGGAGGGUACGUCACCAUCCGGUUCGAGAUUUACCUCGAAAUCCAGGAGCGGGAAACACACACUCUUCCCGCCUGUCACCGCUGGAGAAAGUGACUGGAGUAGCUUCGCAACCGAAGGCCAUGAAACAUCUGAUGUAAAACCGGGAUCUCUUAACUCCACCCUAGCUGCUUUUACCAGUUUCAAUACUGACCCAAAGCGGUUUGUGUCUCCAAACGUGACAAGUAUAUUACAACACUGGCAACCGGGGGCAGACCCAGCUACGUAUGACUGGCAAAGAACUGUACAAGCGCUGGAACUGGAGGAAUCGCAUUGGGACACUAAAGAUACGACUCCAAAGCGCCGAUUGAAGAAAAAGAAAGUAGACUCUUUCGCCCCUCGUCCGGUGACAUCUACAGCACCUACUGUCCGAGAAUGGGGCAGCCAGCCCGAGAUCAAUGAGCAGCCCAUGGUGCGACUUCAGAGCAGUCAGGUCUUGGAUGAUAACCUUCCCAUGACCCAAGUCGAGCGAGGGGCGUUUGGCGGUCGAGAACCUGGGAGGAAAAGUACUGUGAAGGCUAAAAAGAAGAAGCGACCGGCUGGCUUUUAG